CAAAAUUGUGUAUGGAAAAAAAAGAAAACAAAUAAAAAUGGAUCAUAUUGAAAUAAAAAAUGGAUUAAAUUGCAAAUUAGAAAUUGUAGUUGAAUCAAAAGCUAAGUGCGGAGAAAUCUUUGUUACUAAAAGUGGAAUAAUUUCUUGCCUUUGCCUUAUGUGCCAUCGUGAUUUUGAAAGUAUUGUAGUUUUUUCGAACCAUAUUUUAGUUGAUCACUUAGAGCUGGGAUACUUAAGUGAAUUAUCCGAAUAUAAAGAUAAUAAAACAGAUAUGUUUCAAAGAAGUAUGAGUGAAGAAUGUCAAGUUGGAGAAGAAGAUACUUUAAAUCUUAGUGGGAAUAACGAAAAAUUUAAAGAGUCUUGUAAAAGCCUCCGAAGUCACGAAAGCAGUUUUGAAUUUCUCAAAAGUGAAAUUGAACCCUUAGAAGAAAUACAAUCAAUUCCUAUGAUUUCUAAGCUGGUAGAUGAAAAUAUUAACAAAAAAUCUAUUUAUAAUAAAAUUAAUGGGACGUGUGGUAUUUAUGAAAAGAAUUUUACGAAUGAAGAUAACUUGAAAACUUAUAAAGAAAAUUAUCAGACUAAAUUCGCGAAUUCUUCCAAACAGAGAAAUUUCAUUAACAAAACUCACUCUUUAGAGGAGUCUGAACUAAAACAACCUCAUUUAAUGUUAAAUACAGACGACGAAAAAGUUUUAAAUUUGCAAGAAAAUCACACAUUCGAAAAAGGAAUCAGUGAGAAUACAAGUAGUUAUUUGGAAAUACCUCAAAUAUAUAACUGCAAACAUUGCUGCAGGAAUUUCAGUAAUGAAAGUUUAUUGGAAAAGCACAAAAAGGACAGUAAAGGGAAAUGUAAUUUUUGCGAAUUUUGUUCUAAAAAAUUUUCGUCAAGAAAAAAUUACGAGAUCCAUAUGAACUAUGCUCAUGAAAAAUUUGUUAAUGGAAAAGAUAAAUUAAAGAAAUGCAGCUAUUGCCCCAAAGUUUUUCAAAAAUUGAUUAAUCUUGAAAAACAUGAAGAACGUCAUAAGAAAAUUCAAAUAUGCGAGUAUUGCGGAAAAUUAUUUGAAAACCAAAAAGCAAAAUAUCAACAGCAUUUGAGGUCGCAUACUGGAGAGAAACCGUUUGCGUGUCCAAUAUGUUCAAAUGCGUUUACAACUCGUGGAAACUUAAAUCAUCACAAAUCUACAUGUCAUUCUGAUGAAAGACCUUUUAUAUGUACUUGGCCAAAUUGUGAAAAGGGAUUUAAAAAAGAUCGGCAACGAGUUUGGCACGAGCGUAUUCACACGGGUGAAAAGCCUUAUCAGUGUGAACAGUGCGGGGAACAUUUUGCUUUCCAGCACAAAUUAAGUUUGCAUAAAAAACAAAAACAUAUGGAUAAGAAAGACCGUCCCCAUAAAUGCGAUCAGUGCGAAAAAGCCUUCGUGUUACCAAGACAAUUAAGAGAACAUAAAUAUACUCAUACUGGAGAAAAACCACAUGAAUGUGAUAUGUGCCUGGCAAGGUUCGCUAAACGUGGAGGACUUACUGAACACAAAAAAUUGCAUACUGGAGAAAAGAAGCACGUAUGUGAAAUAUGCGGGAGAGCUUUUGCCCAAAGGGCCGGUUAUGCAACGCACAUCAAGUCGCAUAAUUUCAUUUAAUUAUAACGUAAUUAGUUUUUAGGUACCUACUACUAUUGUUUAUUUGAAUAAAAAUUGGAAAAUCAUUUAUUUCUUUAGCAUAAACU